CAACAAUACCGCCCAUGUCACUCAAGUGUAACAGCCAGGGCAAGUUCUUCCUAAGGAGACAAUUAGGUGUACUACACUCCCGUCAAAAGCAAAUACAAUCAGAAAACAAAUAUGCUGGACUUUUGUAGUCACAGAUGGACACUUCUGGUUGCCAUGAUUCUAGUCUGUCUCACGCUUUUUGCCAGUUUGCUUAUCCAGUGGCCUUCACUGCCUUUGAAAAUUACCUCAAUAGUUAAAACUGAAGUCAUUAGCAUGAACAUCAAUGUCACAACUGUUUUAGUGUGGUACUGGCCUUUUGGAGUAAAAUCUAGUGUGGAUGGCAAUGUGUGUUGGGAGAGGUUUAGCAUACCAGACUGCAAAUUGGUGGACGAUCGAUCCAUGUUCUCUCAGGCAGAUUUUGUGGUUUUCCACAACCGUGAGCUGAUGAGCGGCCAGCAAAGUCUGCCCGUGACCCUGCCCCGACCACAGGGGCAGAGGUGGGUAUGGUUCUCACUGGAAAGUCCAGAAAAUAAUGGGAAUGUGAAGCCCUAUGCUGGACACUUUAAUUACACCAUGUCUUACCGCCGUGAUGCAGAUUUUUACACACCAUAUGGUAGUUUGGUACCUCAGGACUUUCAUACUGGAAUGACAGCUGAGGAUUUUGCACCAAAGAAAAAGACGUCUUUGGCUUGUUGGGUUGUGAGCAAUUUUUUAGCCCACCAUAAGAGAACUGCUGUUUACAACAGGCUGAAAACAAUUAUACCUGUUAAUGUGUAUGGGGCUGCAGUGAAUAAGCGCCUUGAUGGAAAGGUUAUGUUAGACACGAUCUCUCAGUGCUACUUCUACCUGUCUUUUGAGAACUCCAUUUUCAAGGACUACAUCACAGAGAAGUUGUGGUACAAUGGCUUCAUGGGUGGAGCAGUGCCUGUGGUUCUUGGUCCACCACGGGAACAGUAUGAGGCGGUGGCACCAAAAGACUCCUUCAUCCAUGUGGACGACUUCCCUACAUUAGAGGAGCUUGGAGAGUUCCUCAAGAGGCUGGCGGAGGAUAAGAAGCGCUAUGCCUCGUACUUCAACUGGAAACGGAAGUAUACGGUAAAGCGAUUUGACGGUGAUGGGGAGAGAUUUUGUAAAAUCUGCCCCAAAGUCAGUAGCUUACCAAAGCAUAAGGUCUAUGAUGAAUUGUAUACUUGGGAAUGGCAAUAAUCUGAGGAAUCAAAACACCAACAAAAAGUCACUGUCUGUGACUUGUGCCUUUUUUCAUCUUUGCACAGCCUAUAGCCUACAUUGUACUUUUUCAUGACAUUCAGAUCAUGCUGGGGCAUUUGUAUUCAGAAAUCUAAUUAACUAUAGAGGGUACCAGUUGUAAGAUACAGCCUUCAUACAUUACACUGUCAAAACAAAUGUGUCACUGGUUCCCACUAGUUGGUAGUACUGUAUGUUUAACACCACUCCUUACUGGCAGCUUUCCUCCUGGACAGAACACAUGUGGGUUUGUUUACAAACCAGCAAAGAAUUUCUUAAGAUGUAAUGUAAAUAGUAUUAGAUGUAAGAGAUAUUGUAGGCUAAUAGCACAAUUGCCGUAAAGCAAUCUGUGAUUCUCUGGGACAUUGGUAAGCAAGUUGCCCGGCUGGUUCUCCAUAGGCUACGUUGGGGAUGCAGAGGGCUCGCGAUUCUCCCUCUUACAAGUUUGUUAACCAUCAAAAUUAUUUUUGGUAAAAAAUCUUGCAUAUACCUUUGGUUGUACAUUCACAUCUAGCCUACUAGUGGAGAAGUUAAGCACACACAUUUGGUACAAAAGAAAACCCAUAAACGGGGCCUGAUCAGAUUUAGAAUUAGGUGCCUCUGAUUUGGAUAUUCUUCAUAUUACACAUUCUUCACACCAACUCAUAUGCCCUAUAUUUAAAUAUUGAAUAAUUAAAAAUUCCAAAAGGGAUACCAUGUGGCUCUUGUGAUACCAAAUAAUAUAGGCUACCAUAUGCAAGUUCAUGGAGUGUAAUCAGAAUUUGUGUUGUAAUUGUAAUCAGAAUUAACAGUCGUUGUGAAAGCGAUUUUAGCUUCCACCAUUUUUCUGAAAACGCCAGCCUACAACCCAGCCUGAUCUGCCGACGAUUUGGAUUUCACCCUGCAGCUUAGGCUGGAAACCUGCACAUCUAUCUCUCUAUCUCUCCUGCUUCCUGUCCACGUUUACUGGGUCCAAUCACAAACUGUCUUAUCCACCAGGUGCACCCAGAUUGUCGGUCUGAUUGGUUGAAGGACUAUCAAAGCUUACAGUCAUUUGAAUAUGCCCAUUGAUCACUCCUCUUGUGCAGUAGAAGUGCAGACUACCCAUACUGUCCAAUCUUAAAACAUUAUUUUAAAUUAAAUUGUUAAUUUGUUAAUUUAAUUAAUUCAUUAAUUAAGUGAUUGAUUUCCCUUUGGGGAUCAAUAAAGGAUCUAUCUAUCUAUCUAUCUAUCUAUCUAUCUAAAAGAUUGAGUUUAGUAUGGUGAUAGGCAGACUACCAGUUUACGUGCAGUGGCUGCACAAACUAAGGAGGGAAGGAAUUUGGUGAGCACACAUUUUACAACUUCCUGUGAUAUAAAGUGCCUGUACUAUUGUUAUGUCAUAUUUUUGUA